GAUGUAUUCUCGUGUAGCACGUUUAAAGUUAUUUUACUUAGCAUGUGAUUUCCUCUAUGGCGAACGGAUUUUCGGCAAUAAUAUUUUUAUAAUAUGCCGAUGCCGUAACGCCAGGGAAAUAAAUAUUUUAUCUGUUUUGAGCGACUAAUUGUUUAUUAUAUUUAAUAAAUAAUUUAUAUGUGUUAUUUACUAAGACUUGUAGUGAAUUUUGAAUCUUGAUUUAAACUUUUGCCAGGUGUUAAUUUUUGACAGUGUAUUAGUGAAAUUUUUUUGUUUAUUAAUUUUAAUGACUUGACUAUGGAUAUUAUGGAUGGUACGAGGGGCAAUGGGCUUUCGCAGCUCAAAAAUGGAGUGGAUUAUAUUAAUCCUGGUGAAGAAGAUCAAAUGGAAAUCUAUGGAUACCGUAGGAGUAAAAUCUUUACAAUAAUCACUUGGGUCCUGAUAGUAGCAACUGGUGGUCUCUUGCGUCUUAUAUUCCAUUGGGUGCCGCAUUUGAUGGUACGAGCAACUCAUUCAAAAUGUUCACUCGACGAGGCUGAUACUGUGCUGCUGAUCGAAAGAUUUCAAGGCAAACAUGCGUACUAUUACGUGAAAAAACUAAAGACACUGACUGCUGCUGAUGUAUCUAAAAACGCAUUGGACAGCGAGACACUGAUUGAUGAAUCCUGGAAUGACGCGGCUAGUGUCAAUUCAACGGAUCUGGCUGGCGUAACAACUAUUGAUGAUACUCUAAAGCUGUCAGUUCACUUGCACAGCGGACAUUUUAAACGCGUGUCCUCCAUUUUGAUGUUCACAUGCAAAAAACUUGUUUACAUCUGGGAUAAUGAACGCAGCGAAUUUCUUAAGCUAGCUGGUCUAGAUACUGGUGUUUCUACGUCAACGUUACAUCAAAUGCCGGGUUUGACUUCUCAAGAACAAUUUCUGAGACGCAGCGUUUACGGGAACAAUGAAAUAAAGAUUCCGCUGAAAAGUUUCAUCCAUUUAUUGUGUCUCGAGGCACUGAAUCCAUUUUACGUCUUCCAAUUAUUCAGUUUCGGGCUGUGGAUAGCUGAUGAUUACUACUACUACGGUCUGGCAAUUAUGACAAUGUCUGGCUUCGGCAUCACGAUGGCCGUCAUCCAAACCCGCCGCAACCAGCAGAAACUAAGUUCAACGGUCCAUUCAUCAGAUGUAGCUACAGUUAUGCGAGACCGCACGACUGGUAAAACAGAUUCCAUCACGUCCGAUCGUCUGGUUCCUGGUGACAUCCUAGUGAUACCCCCGCACGGUUGCCUUAUGCCCUGUGACGCAGUUCUUCUUACAGGAACGUGCAUCCUCAACGAGUCGAUGUUAACCGGAGAAUCCGUACCCGUCACUAAAACCCCGGUCCCAUCGUCCGCGGAUAUGAUAUACGAUACCAAAGAACACGCACGUCAUACCCUCUUCUGCGGCACGAAAGUCAUUCAAACUCGAUACUUUGGAGGUGAAAAAGUCCUUGCUGUGAUUAUCCGCACGGGAUUCAAUACCAGCAAAGGAGGACUCGUGCGAUCAAUAAUGUACCCGCCACCAGUGGACUUCAAAUUCGAACAAGAUUCAUACAAAUUCGUUGAAAUCCUGGCGUGUAUCGCGGCCAUCGGCGCUAUUUACACAGCGAUAACCAAAUCGAUGCGCGGAAUACCUGCUCGUGAUAUUAUUCUAGAAGCACUUGAUCUCAUCACAAUUGUUGUUCCACCAGCGCUGCCUGCUGCUAUGACAGUAGGGCGCCUGGUUGCUCAAAACCGACUCGAGAAGAAACGAAUUUACUGCACAAGCCCUCGAGCCAUCAAUGUGUCGGGUUCUAUUGACUGCAUUUGCUUUGAUAAAACUGGAACCCUUACGGAAGAUGGUCUAGAUAUGUGGGGAGUAGUUCCAGCAACAGAAAGGAAAUUUUUCGUCCCUGUUAAGUCAAUUAGCUCAUUACCGGCCGCAGAACUACUAUUCGGCAUGGUAAGUUGCCAUGAAAUAACAAUCAUUGAUGGAUCAUUGGUCGGAGAUCCACUGGAUCUAAAAAUGUUCGAGUCAACCGGAUGGACCCUCGAAGAGCCUGACGUAUCGGAUAACACCAAGUUCUCGAUGAUGUUUCCGACAAUUGUUCGCCCGCCAAAGAAUUCAAGGCUGUUACAAACUCAAGAGCCGCUGCCGGGUAUGUCCCCAGCUCGCCAGAACUCAAUCGCCAAUUCGGAAAUAGAGAACAUGUCGCUACACAAUUUGGCUGCUUCGGAUGCAGAAUUGGCUGAGCAAGGAUUAGAAAUAGGUAUCAUAAGACAGUUUCCUUUCACAUCAAGCUUACAGCGUAUGAGUGUCAUCACCCGGACGUUGGGUGCUACGCACUAUGAUCUCUACUGCAAAGGAAGUCCGGAAAUGAUCCAAAGUCUAUCACGCCCAGAAUCAAUCCCUGCUGAUUUUGCUUCAGUUCUCCAGGAAUACACCUCCGAAGGCUACCGUGUGAUUGCAAUGGGACACAAACCACUCAAUAAAUUAACUUACGCCAAAGUUCAGCGUCUGAGCCGCGAGUCCGCGGAAAGUGAUCUUCAUUUCCUGGGUUUCGUUAUCCUAGAAAAUCGACUCAAGCAAGAAACUACUCCAGUUAUAGAAGAACUCAAUCGGGCAUCAAUAAAAACAGUUAUGGUUACUGGUGAUAACAUCCUGACGGCGUUAUCUGUAGCACGUGAUUGCGAAAUGAUACAAUCAGACAUGCCAGUUAUUGCUGUAACUGCGGUACAAACUGGUCAACAAAAGCCACAACUAUAUUACACCCGUAGUGAUCAUACCGUUUCAUCACCAAUACCCUCAAGCAUUAGCGAAAUGACCGAUUUGAAUAGCAUCAUUUCGCUAGAAACAAUCGAAAGUGGUUCAUUCGUUCGCACAGACGGGGUCUAUCUUUCAGACGACUGCCACAAGCACAGUACUAACAAAUAUGUAUUCGCUGUUGACGGUAAAACCUGGGCAAUCAUUAAACAAUACUACCCAGAACUUCUUCCUAGAAUAGCAACACGUGGUGCGAUUUUCGCACGGAUGUCACCAGAUCAGAAGCAGCAACUGGUCCAAGAGUUACAGGGUCUCGGCUAUUAUGUCGCCAUGGUCGGAGACGGAGCCAACGACUGUGGGGCCCUGAAGGCUGCUCACACUGGAAUCUCACUAUCCGAUACAGAGUCAUCAGUAGCGUCACCGUUUACUAGCCGGGAAACAAAUAUCUCCUGCUUGCAGUCUGUUAUCCGGGAAGGUCGUGCUGCAUUGGUCACCUCAUUCGGCAUCUUCAAGUACAUGGCAGCUUAUUCACUGACGCAAUUCGUCUCAGUGAUGAUUUUGUACGAAAUAGAUUCAAACUUGACCGAUUUCGAGUUCUUGUACAUCGACUUACUGAUCAUAUCAGUGUUUGCAUUCUUUCUACCCCGGACCCAGGCAUAUGAUGGCCCACUGGUCAAAGAUCCUCCGCCGACUAGUUUGGUCAGCACCUCAUCAAUACUGAGCAUCGCUUUGCAAAUGAUUCUCGUCACCGGUUUCCAAUGCUUGAGCUACUGGAACCUCAAGCAGUAUGACUGGUACAAACAGUUUAAUGUUGAAGAGACUGAAGACAAAGAUGACGUUUCCUGUUUAGAAAACUAUACCCUGUUUAUUAUCAGUUCAAUGCAAUAUAUUAUACUAGCCGCAACAUUUUCUAAAGGUCAUCCAUAUCGCAAAAGUAUUUUCACUAAUCACGGAUUGCUUGCGUCCUUCAUUUUGAUGUCAAUGUUCUCUUCAUACUUGGCUAUCUGUCCCUUCGACUGGCUGGCUCAUCAAUUCGAACUGGUAAUGCCACCGGAGACUUCAUUCAGGGUCAGACUAGUUCUAUAUGGUGCAGCUAAUUUGAUCAUUGCAUUAAUCGUUGAAUGUUUCAUCGUUGAUUACCUGAUUUCCGGCAAAUUGCGCUACCGCUGGCACAAUGUCGACAAAUCAAAACGUAAAUUUUUGGCAAUAGAACGUGACAUGUUGAAGAACACGAAAUGGCCGCCAUUGACACAAGAACCCCCGACUCCAGAUGUCGCAGUACCUGACUUGAUAAGACGGAAUACUGUUACGGAAAUAAAAAUAGAAAAGCAUAUUCCUGACAACGCAAGUAACCAUGGGGUAGCUAAUAUUGUAACGCCUGUGAAAUCGGGAAUAUUUUUCAACAAAAGUUCUCCAAGAUCAUUGACGAUGGCUAAUAAAUUUGGCUCUGCACGAGAGGUUACACUCAACCCAACCAGUUUGGUUAAUGACCGACGCAAUACUGUAUCGAUGCAAAUAGUGUCACCUUGUUAUGAAGAUCGUGAGCUAACAGAUGUAACAACGCCUUCACGUAAACUGAUGAAUGGUAAUGGCGACAGUCAUAUUAAAAGACGUCACAAUUCAGAGUCAGAAAAUGGAAUCGACCAGCACCGUGCUAUCAAUCAUGGGAACCCUUCAAACAGAUUGACGUCGAUAAAUCCGAUUGCGACUUUACCAAGAAACCAAUCAAUGCAAAAUCAAAAAAUUAGGGAUAUCAAUAUGGAUAAAAUAAAUAAAAGCGAAGAUUUGAGACGAGGACAAAGUGUUUUAGAAAUGGAUAUUUUGCCUUCUUGAAACGCGGUUACAUCCUUUGUUAAAACAAAGGUUUUUUUAUUACGAUUUAUUGUGCUAAUAGUAUGACACGGGACUAUGAGCAUUUAAUUUUAUUUAACUUGAAAAUUCAAUGCUGCCUAUUUAUUAGAGUUGGGUUCUUAAUUAUUAUGUCAUUUUUGUAUUUUCAAAGUUUCGAUGCUUAAAUCAGUUCUAAAUGUACAAAGAAAAUUUUUCUGACGAUUUUCACUCUUAUAUGAAUCAUAUAUGAACUCGAUCAUAUAAUUCAAUGCUCUAUAUUCAUUAUUGGUCAAAUAUGAUGUAUAUAUGAUUUGUAUAUGAUUAAAAAAAUCCAUUUUGGAUCAGGUAAUCAUCAUAUAUGUGUAAAUAGUCAUAUAUGAACAGAUAUGAAUCAGAUUUGUCAUAUAUGGUCAGAUAUCAUUCAUGUAUGAUCAGAUAUCAGUUAUGUAUGAUCAGCUAUGCAUUAUAUGUGAUCAGAUAUGAGUCAUGUAUGAUCAGAUAUAGAUUAUAUAUGAUCAAAUAUGAAUCAUAUAUGAACUCGAUCAUAUAAUUCAAUACUAUAUUCAUGAUUGGUCAAAUAUGAUCUAUAUCUGAUUUGUAUAUGACUAAAAAAGUCCAUUUUGGAUCAGGUAGACAUCAUAUAUGUGUAAAUAGUCAUAUAUGAACAGAUAUGAAUCAGAUUUGUCAUAUAUGGUCAGAUAUCAGUUAUGUAUGAUCAGAUAUCAGUUAUGUAUGAUCAGCUGUGCAUUAUAUGUGAUCAGAUAUGAGUCAUGUAUGAUUAGCUAUGCAUUAUAUGUGAUCAGAAAUGAGUCAUGUAUGAUCAGAUAUUGAUUAUAUAUGAUCAAAUAUGAAUCAUAUAUGAAGUCGAUCAUAUAAUUCAAUACUUUAUACUCAUUAUUGGUCAAACAUAAUCCAUAUCUGAUUUGUAUAUGAUAAAAAAAAUCCAUUUUGGAUAACGUAGACAUCAUAUAUGUGUAAGUAGUCAUAUAUGAACAGAUAUGAAGCAUAUAUGAUCAGAUAUGAGUCAUGUAUGAUCAGAUAUUGAUUAUAUAUUAUCAGAUAUGAAUCAUAUAUGGACUAGAUUAUGUAAAAUUUAAAUAUGACUGUUAGAAAACAUAUAUGACAUGGAUGUAGAACAAUAUCAUACUAUAUAUGAUUCGAGUAUGAUAUUGAUGUUCAUCAGAUAGGGCUCACAAAUUGCCAAAAUCAUAUUUAGAGUAUAUAUUUAUAAAAUAUAAUAAAUUCAGUAUUAUAUAUGGUCUUAUACAUUAAUAUUACCAAAAUAUAGAAAAAUAAAAAUUUUUAAAUUAUAUGAAUCACAUACACCAACAAAAACAAGCCAAAAUUUUUUAAGAAAUGAAUACUCAAUAUAUAUAAAUUAUUCAGUCUUCACAUACGUCGAUAUAUGGUUUAAUAUUCAUUAUAUAUCGUCUCAUUGAGUAAUAAUUCGUAUUUAUAGAUUUUAUAUGAAUCAGAUACAGUUAAUUUAGAACUUUCACUUGCCAAAAUCAUGUACAGAGUAAAUAUAAAUAAUGAAUAGUUAAAAUAUUUAUCAUAAAUGCUUCAAAUAUAGAAUAAUAUUGAUAUAUGAAUCAGAUAUGAGUCAUAUUUAAUUCGGAACGGGUCAAAAUCAUAUAAAAUAAUUAAUACUCAUAUAAAUAAUUUAUUCACAGAAUAAAAUCAUUUACACAUCAGAUAAAAUUAUAUACGCUCAUAAUGAUAUCAUAUAAGACUAUAUGUGUCAUAUACAUGUCAUAUAAGAUCAUGUAUGGUUAUAUCCACGCCAUAUAAUAUCGUAUAUGUUCAUGUUGAUACCAAAAGUGAUCAUAUGUAUUGAACAUAAGCAACAUAGAAUCAGAUACAUCAUAUAUGACCAUAUGUACAUCAUAUAUGACCAUAUAUAGAUAAAUUAUGAACUAAUAUGACUUAAAAAAGUUUAUAUGAAUCAGAUAUUGUUUAUAUAUCGUCAAUAUACGAUAAAAACUGAAUUUUGUCUAUUUUCUGCUUCACAAAAAUUCAAAUUUUGAGUAAAAUUCUUUUUCAUCAGCAUACAGAACCGAUUUAGAAAUGAAACUUAUGAGAAUAAAAAAAGAUUAUCUGAGACAGAACCACUCUACUAAUUUAAACUAUUGAUUUAUUAUAUAUUAUUUAUAUUUGAGUCCCUUUUGACUCAAAAUUGUCAAUUCUUUCACAGAGUUAGUAUUCAUUACCCAAAUUACAAGCAAAACAAAGUAUUAAUAAAUCUGUACCGUUUUUUUUAGAUCUUAAUAUCUUUGUUCAUAUUUUAUAAUUUAUAGUCUUUGCAUUUUAGGGUUCGUUACUUAUUAAUCGAUUAAUUGAUUACUUAAUUACCGAGUACUUGGCUAUAUAAUUUUACCAACUGCAUCAUUUUUUUCGGUUUUAUUAUUUAAUAUCCGGCUUUUAUAGAGUUAAUUAAUUAUUUUAUUGUCAAUAUUAUUUACACAAUAUUGUAUAAAAAAAUGUAAAUUAACGGACAAUUCUAUGCUUCAAAAAUAUUUAAAAAUAAAUAAAUAAAUAAAUAAUAAUUAUACAAAUAAGUUAAAAAAAAAUCAAAUAAUUUAGGAAAUUUAAUACGUGAUUC